UUCCCAGACGUUCUCUUUCUUUUUUGGUUCCGUCUUUCGUACUUCUUUUCCAAUUCCCAGCACUCCAAAAGUCUUCUAGGGUUAGGGUUUGGGUUUUCAGUAUCUGGAUGAUCCGGUUGCUGAUCUAGUGCGCAAGCCGAUCUCUGAAGUGGUGGAUGUUAUAGAAAAGAAGAAUGAGUUCUAAAUGAGAAUAAAACUGGAUGUGGCAGAGGACUGUUUUGGAGAGAAAUGAUGAGACUGUGUGGUUUAGUUAGAAAGGCCUGAAUGAGGAUUGUUUCAAAGGGCGUGACCUCAGACAGAUCAACUUUCUCUGUCAUGGUAUCGAUGUGUGUCUAAGCAAGUUGGGAAUGGCUUCAAGGACUCCUUCUAGGAGGGUGAUUCAAUCAUGCUCCUUUGACUUGAAGGAUGGAGAGUUGACAAUUAACUGGGAAGAUGUGAUUUGCCCAAUAUGUUUGGACUUUCCACACAAUGGGGUUCUUCUGCAAUGCUCAUCAUAUGAGAAAGGUUGCCGACCAUUUAUAUGUGAUACAGAUGGCACACACUCUAACUGCCUUGAAAGGUUCAAAUGUGCAUAUGGGAUGCCUAAUGUUGCAAAAUGUUCCUCGGUGAAUAGUGGGACUUCUGAACAAAGUAUUCAAGCAGUUGAACCAAGCUCGGAAGAUCCCCCAACAUGCCCACUAUGCCGAGGAAAUGUGACUGGGUGGGUUGUUAUUGAUGAAGCUCGUGUGCACUUGAACAUGAAAAAAAGAUGCUGUGAAGAGAAGCAAUGUUCUUAUAUUGGGAAUUACAUGGAAUUACAAAAGCAUAUCAAGCUAAAACACCCCCAUUCUCGUCCAUCAGAGGUGGACCCUGCACGACAACUUGAUUGGGAAAAUUUUCAACAGUCAUCAGAAAUAGUAGAUGUGUUGAGCAUUAUUCAUUCAGAGGUGCCACGCGGUGUGGUGCUGGGGGACUACGUCAUUGAGUACGGGGAUGUAGAAACAAGUGAUGAAUAUGAAGAUGCCCCACCAAAUAAGGGCAACUGGUGGACUGCUUGUAUAAUGUGUCAAGUGUUUGAUAAGAAGACAUCAAGAAACAGGCGAAGAACAAGAGCAAGAGCAAAUGCAGGGAGAAGUAGCCGCCUAUCAAGCUCAUCUUCUUCGGAUGAUGUUUUCAGAACAUCUGUUGAAAUUGAAAACUACAGAUAUGAUGGAAUGGAUGAUGAGUUCAUGGGUAGAGUUGUUGGUGCUGCAGUAUCCAGGGGAAGUGAAAUGCACCACAGAUACAGGGGCCGCAGAUCUCGCAUCUACUACCGUUGACAACUGAUCAUCAAGCAACUACAGCAGAAUCUUUUGUCAAAUGGAGGUGGUCUUAGUGCAUGGUUUGCACUGCCAAGGCACCAUCUCUUGCUAUCUUCUGUCUGUAAAUAUAAACAUAGCAUUUUAUUGCAGUUGAUUCUUUCUUUCUAGCUUGAUCUAUCUGUAAAAUCUAUAAUUGCCCUGAUUGGUUCCAUCAAAUAUUUUAGAUUUUCUAAAA